CUGGAAGCUCGUAUUUACAUUUUAAGUGUAUCUGCGCGACCAUGCCCAGGAAGAAGGCGGCGGCGGCGGCGGCCUGGGAGGAGCCGAGCUCGGGCAACGGCACGGCCCGCGCGGGGCCCAGGAAGCGCGGCGGCCCGGCCGGCAGGAAGCGCGAGCGGCCCGAGCGCUGCAGCAGCAGCAGCGGCGGCGGCAGCAGCGGCGACGAGGACGGCCUGGAGCUCGACGGGGCCCCCGGCGGGGGCAAGCGCGCGGCGCGGCCGGCGGCGGCCAAGGCGGGCGGCGCGGCCGUGGUCAUCACGGAGCCCGAGCACACCAAGGAGCGCGUGAAACUUGAAGGGUCUAAGUGCAAAGGGCAGCUUUUGAUUUUUGGGGCAACCAACUGGGACUUGAUUGGUCGAAAAGAAGUGCCUAAACAGCAAGCUGCCUACCGCAACCUCGGUCAGAAUUUGUGGGGGCCCCAUAGAUACGGCUGCCUGUCGGGGGUCCGGGUGCGGACGGUGGUCUCGGGAUCCUGUGCUGCCCACAGCCUCCUCAUCACCACGGAAGGGAAGCUGUGGAGCUGGGGUCGAAAUGAGAAGGGGCAGCUGGGACACGGUGAUACCAAGAGGGUGGAAGCCCCCAAACUCAUUGAGGGUCUCAGCCACGAAGUGAUUGUGUCUGCGGCGUGUGGACGGAACCACACCCUGGCGUUGACAGAAACGGGCUCCGUGCUUGCGUUUGGAGAGAACAAGAUGGGGCAGCUCGGCCUCGGCAACCAGACAGACGCUGUCCCGAGCCCUGCUCAGAUAAUGUACAACGGCCAGCCAAUUACCAAAAUGGCCUGUGGGGCUGAAUUCAGUAUGAUAAUGGACUGCAAAGGGAACCUCUAUUCCUUUGGGUGCCCUGAAUAUGGUCAGCUGGGACACAACUCCGACGGGAAGUUCAUCGCCAGGGCACAGCGGAUAGAAUAUGACUGUGAGCUGGUCCCCCGGCGAGUGGCCAUCUUCAUCGAGAAGACGAAAGAUGGGCAGAUUUUGCCGGUCCCCAACGUGGUCGUACGAGAUGUGGCCUGUGGCGCUAACCACACGCUGGUCCUGGACUCUCAGAAGCGCGUCUUCUCCUGGGGCUUUGGUGGCUAUGGCCGCCUGGGCCACGCCGAGCAGAAGGACGAGAUGGUCCCUCGCCUGGUGAAGCUGUUCGACUUCCCCGGGCGCGGGGCGUCCCAGAUCUACGCCGGCUACACCUGCUCCUUUGCUGUCAGUGAAGUGGGUGGCCUGUUCUUCUGGGGGGCCACCAACACGUCCCGCGAGUCCACCAUGUACCCGAAGGCCGUGCAGGACCUCUGUGGCUGGAGAAUCCGGAGCCUGGCUUGUGGGAAGAGCAGUAUCAUCGUGGCCGCCGAUGAGAGCACCAUCAGCUGGGGCCCGUCGCCGACCUUCGGGGAGCUGGGCUACGGGGACCACAAACCCAAGUCCUCCACCGCGGCUCAAGAGGUGAAGACGCUGGACGGCAUUUUCACAGAGCAGGUGGCCAUGGGCUACGCACACUCUCUGGUGAUAGCCCGGGACGAAAGCGAGACCGAGAAGGAGAAGAUCAAGAAACUGCCAGAGUACAACCCCCGGACCCUCUGAUGGCCCUGGAGCCUCCCGCGGCUCCACACCCCCCGCGGCAGCUGUCAGUUCCACGCGCACUGGGACGGGACGUCGGACAAGGAAUUGAAGAAAACAAAAGUUGACCGAAGGUGCAUUUUCAUUAGACUCCCUGAGGUUCCGUUUUAUAAGUGAUUCAACAUCAACUACCUUUUCUGUAUGCUUUCCAAAGUGGUUUUUUUUUUUUCCCUCCUAAUGUUUAAUUAAAGUGUUUGCUCAUAGUUGACUUAACCAUUCCUACAAAGAGGCAGAAACUUUGAGCAACCCAGGUGUUUUUUUUUUUUUUUUUCUCCUUCAAGUCAUUUUUCUUUUUUCUUCCUGCUCCUAAAUACACUUCUCAGAACAGCCCUUUCCAGUCGUGACUAGCGUUGUGAUCCGAGCGGGCGCUCCCUGGGAGAGGAGUCCCCGUGGACUCAGAAGGUUAUGUCCCUUCUGGGAACCGGCAGCAGCCGGACAGAGACAGUCGUGGUGGCGGAUCUCCAUCCAAAAUCGCGCCCGCCUGCUUCGGGAGCAUCUGGGUCACUUUCUUUCCCGCUUCUUGCAGCCCAGCUGAGGCUGGCCUUCUGUUUCUCCCCCUGGCUGCUUAGACGCCCCACCGCCUGUUGGCUGCAACAUUACUAGAAUCUGUCGUGUCCCCCCUGGUGGGGGCUCUGGGGUCUGUGUUUAGCCAUUUUUAUCUACUUUAGCUGUAAACGAAGUCCAAAUGAAAAUCAGGUGACUGUGGACCCGUUGGGGACUUGGGGGGCGGGCAGACAUGGGGACAAUGUGUCUGGGUCAGGGGCAGCCCUGGGGCUCCUCUGAGGAGCAGGGGCCGCCCCGCCCGUACUCGCCAUUAGAGAUUGAUCAGCCAGCAGCUUAAAAAAAAAAAAAAAAAAGUGCAUUCUGGAGUCCUUGCAAGGAAGGCUCAGCCCUUUCCGUACCAGCCUUUAUCACCUCUGUGCUUCUGUCUGUACCCCCGCCGGAUCCUGCUGGAACGGGCCCUGGUUCCGAGACGCGGGGUCCGGCUCUGCUCACCCAGCUCUCUGGUCGCAUCGCUUGGCUGUGGUACCAAAUAGUUGGGAUUGCUGAAGCAGCCCCCUUCCCCGCGCCAGCGCACAUCUGUGACUGCCACCCGAUGCCCGCCACCUGCCCUCUGCCCGAGCUCGUCACCGGCGUUGCGCUGCUCUGCGUGAGUUACGAGGUGCCUUUCCCGGACCCCUCCGCUCACUAGGACCCAGGAGAGGCGACAGCUCUGGCUGGGGCUCUUGGUUUCGAGAGGGUCUGGACUGGUUUGGGUGCUUUAAAAUAGAUUUUUUAGUUCCGUGGUGCUUCUGGGGGAGAUGGGGUUAGAACUUCGUGUGAUACUUGGGUGGAUGGGAAAGUUCAAUAUUGGUCUCUUUUUUAUUCUUUGCUUUGCUGUUGUUACCACUUGUCAUUGUCUCGAUGUUAAAAUGCCAAAAAUGAUCUAGUUGUUGUUGCUUUUUUCCCUGCCCGCCCCCCCUCCCCCGUCACGCCUUCCAAGGCACGUGACAGGAUCUGUCCUGGCCGGUCCCAAGGCCGCGCGAGGAGGGCGGCCCGCGUCUUCCUAAGGUUUAGUCUGACUCCACACUCGUCUUUGCUGUCCUGUGUCUAGUCCAGGGGAGGAGCUUCUGCUAAACUAACCUGAUUUGUCCAAAUCACCCCCAAAGCCACCCUCUGGGGCUCUCACUUCCGUGCAGGGAUCCCAUCCGUUCUCCUGGACGCAAGCCUCUUUCCUGGAACGGGGCUUCGGCGCACGCGCCCCUCGUCCCCUGGAGCUGCCCUUGGUCCCGCGGGGCACUGACCCUCCAGGGGACUAGCCUGAAACCCGCCACCAGCCUAGGUCGGGGCGGGCCCCUCGCCCGGAGACUAGAGCAGCAUAGGCACGGGGCUCCCACGUGAAGACAGCCCUCUUCUCUGCCACAAUCACUCCUUUUGGCUUAGAAUUUUAAAAUGAACUUCCUAAAGGGGAAAGGUCCUCCAGGACAAGGAAUUGGGGGGUGGUCCCGCACUCCAAGAGAAGACGGGGCCCGGGCCCAGGCUGAGCGAGUACUUGGCGCCGACCCUUCGGGCACUGGACUCCCCUUCCAGCUCUGGAAGAGGGGUUCAGGGCAAAGGGGAGAACACAGAAGAGGUUGUGAUUUGGUUGAAGGUGCCUGGUUUAGUGCUGUAAUUGUCUUUUUUUUAUAUAUAUAUUUCUUGGAGUAAACAUUUUAAAUAAACGACAUCAUUGUUUACUCUG